AUGGCACAGCGCCGCAGGUUGUCAUCAUCCCCCCUCUCCGCCAACCCCUCCCCCCACUGCUGUUUCCCCCCUCUCCUUCCCGUGCUCAGUCCGUCCUUCCCCAGAAGCGACCUGGGCGGGUCCAUGGCGCAGCGCCGCAGGUUCCACCGCCGCAGGCAGGGUGCGUCAGGGCAGGCGGCAUCUGCGGGAGGUGCGCCUUCAGGCACGCCUGUCAGCACGCCAGGACCCCCCGAGCCGUCCGAUAGCCUGGACGUGUCCAGCAAGUUUGCAUCGUUCGUGCGGCACUUCCGGGAGGCGGAUGAUGCCCUUCACGCCAAGUACUCCCAGCAGCUUGAUGAGCUGGUGGAGAUGGAGGGGGACACCUUCCCCGUGGACUGUGCUGACGUGUACGCCUUCUCUGCUGAGCUGUACCGCCUACUAGUGCGCUACCCAUUGGAGGUCAUCCCCAUCUUCGACAUCAAGAUUGCUGAGCUGGCAGCCGACCGCAUGCCCAUGUGGGACAAGCACAUCCAGGUGCGCACAUUCAACCUCCGGGACACAGUGCACAUGCGCGAUCUUAACCCCUCAGACAUCGAUGCAUUAGUGGCAGUGAGGGGCAUGGUCAUCCGCACCUCCUCUAUCAUCCCAGACAUCAAGGCCGCCUACUUCAAGUGCCUCGUGUGCGGCCACUCGCCUGACCUCGUGCUCGUUGACAGAGGAGUUAUUGAGGAACCAAGACGCUGCCCAUGGCCCGAGUGUGGGGCAUCGAACAGCAUGACCUUGCUGCACAACCGCAGCCGGUUCAUCAACAAGCAGAUGCUGCGCCUGCAGGAGACGCCAGAGGACAUGCCCGAAGGGGAGACACCGCACACCGUAUCGGUGUUCCUGUUCGACUCAUUGGUUGACACCGUCAAGCCGGGUGACCGAGUGGAGGUGACGGGGGUGUUUCGAGCCGUGCCAGUGCGGGUCAACUCCAACCAGCGCAACCUGCGCUCGCUCUACCGGACCUAUCUGGAUUGCAUUCACAUUCGCAAGGAGGAGGGCGGGUGCACGCGCAACAAGGGGGCAGCGCAGCAGUCGCAAUCACAGCCGCUGGCAACAGGGGGCGAUGCUGACGAUGCUAACCCCGAUGCUGCCUACUUCUCUCCGCAGCAGGUGGAGGCAUUUCGGGAACUAUCCCGGCAGCCGGACAUAUACGAGAGGCUGGCUCGCUCCCUGGCGCCGUCCAUCUACGAGCUGGACGAUAUCAAGAAGGGGCUGCUGUGCCAGCUCUUCGGUGGCUCGGUAAAACGUCUGUCAUCAGGCGUGCAGUUCCGAGGAGACAUGAACGUGCUGCUGGUGGGGGAUCCGGGCACGAGCAAGUCGCAGCUGCUGCAGUAUGUGCACAAGAUCGCCCCCCGAGGGAUCUACACGAGUGGCCGGGGCAGCAGUGCCGUGGGGCUCACUGCAUACGUCACAAAAGACCCUGAGACACGAGAGAUGGUGCUGGAGAGUGGAGCGCUGGUGCUGAGCGAUAGGGGCAUCUGCUGCAUCGAUGAGUUUGAUAAGAUGUCCGACAGUGCGCGCAGCAUGCUGCAUGAGGUGAUGGAGCAGCAAACUGUCUCGGUGGCCAAGGCGGGCAUCAUUGCCACUCUCAACGCGCGCACGUCUGUGCUCGCCUGCGCCAACCCCUCUGGCUCGCGCUACAACCCGCGCCUCUCUGUUAUUGACAACAUCCAGCUGCCGCCUACCCUACUCUCUAGGUUCGAUCUCAUCUAUCUGGUUCUCGACAAGGCGGAGGAGCAAUCCGACCGUCGGUUAGCCCGCCAUCUCGUCGCUCUGCACUACAAGAACCCAGAGGCCUCUGCAUCCGCCACCAUCGACGUGGCAACACUGACAUCAUACGUCACCUAUGCGCGCACGCGCAUCCACCCGGAGCUGAGCGACGAGGCGGCAGAGGAGCUUGUUAAUGCAUAUGUGGAGCUGCGGGGGCGGGGGUCGGGGCGCAAGGUCAUCACUGCUACGCCACGUCAGCUGGAGAGUCUGAUCCGCAUCAGCGAAGCCCUCGCACGCUUGAAGCUGGCUUCCACGGUGACCCAUGACGACGUGACAGAGGCGAGGCGCCUGCUAGACGUGGCAAUGCAGCAGUCAGCCACGGACCCCACCACAGGCACCAUCGACAUGGAUCUCAUCACCACUGGCGUGUCAGCCAGUGAGCGGGCCAAGCGGGUGCAGCUGCAGGAGGCUCUCCUUUCCUUCCUGCAGGACAGGGCUACCGCUUCGCGCUCCUCCUUCCGAGCACCCCAGGUGUGGGAGGACCUGAGGCAGCAAUCAUCCAUACCUGUUACCCUCUUCGAGGUGCGGGAGGCUUUAGGGCGGCUCCAUGGGGAAGGCAAGGUGGUGUUUAUUGAUGACACUGUUAGAGUGGCAUGA